GAUUAUAGCGAAAGCUGACAUUAUUACAAAACGGUUCGCACAUAUUCGAUGCUACUUUCAAGAACAGUCGCUCAGACCGAGACGCGGGAUCAACGAGCAUCGAGCCGCAAACGAUCGCUGGUAGCAUCUACGAAUCACACGAUACCGGUAGUUGGCACGUUGGAAUAUGCUAUGCUGCAGAUCAGUGCUACCAUGCCGUUCCCAUCAUUCGACCGUAUUCACAGCUCGAGAUUACCACAGCUGCACCGCUGUUUCUUGCAAACUCAUAGAUCAUCCUCAAAAAUUCCCAGCACCGGCUAGCAUAGAAACCUGAAAAUCCCUUCGAAUCCAGAAUUCGACCACUCUGGCCAGGAUUCGACCAUUCGUGACCUUUGCCAAAGGACGCUUACUACCGGUCACCAAGAAUCCUCCUCUAGCUCAAGCUGCCGGCUUCGUACGGUGUACUUCGAGUCGGAUCUGAACCAGCACGUGUUUCGGACAAUUCAAGAUUUAUUGCACCAUUUACAGAUGAUUUGGGCAUAUAAUCGUCGUAUCUGUUUUAAAGUUAAAGGACGUUCAAGAGGAUUUCCUUUUUUAAAAAUGUAAUGCGGUGCUGCCAUCUUCCGACCUGUACCGAAAUCGGCCCUAAUCAUGAAUUCGCACCCACAAGAAUACGACUUCGAGAGAUUGUUAAAAGCUGCCGUUUUGAAAAUUCUGCAAGAAACCACAACAACCUCCUCCAGCGUCAACAUGGACACGGAUUUGAAUCCCUCGAAUCUGGGAACCCGAGAAUAUUGGGAGGAAACGUACCUAACCGACCUGCAAAACUAUGAAGACACAAACGGAAUCGAUGUUGGAGAAAUAUGGUUUGGUUUCGAAAGUGAGCGCAGAAUUGUUAACUGGAUUACAAGAAAGGGAUAUCCUAAAACGACUUCCGUCAUUGACAUUGGUUGUGGAAAUGGAUCCUUGUUGCUUGCCUUACACAAGAACGGUUUCACUAACUUAACCGGGAUCGACUACAGCCAAGCCGCGGUAUCCCUCGCUACGACGGUCGCGAGGGACAAAAAUGCCAACACUAUACAGUAUUCCGUUGCGGACAUCACCGUACCCGAAGACUGCCGCGAAGAGCAUCCCCAGCUGUUUGCGCGAAGUUUUGAUCUGUGUAUAGAUAAAGGAACAUAUGACGCGAUUUGCCUGAAUCCCCUUAAUUCCAGAGAAAAGAGAGCUCUUUAUGCCAAAAAUUUACACAAAAUCCUCAACGAGAACGGUGUGCUCGUAAUCACAUCCUGUAACUGGACGAAAGACGAGAUGGUGUCGCAGUUCACAGAUUUCGAAGUGGUGGACGAAUUACCGGCACCCCAGUUUCAGUUUGGAGGGAAAAGUGGGCGGACUGUUACUGCUCUUGUAUUUAAGCGGCGCUGAGCUAAUUGCGCCCAUGACGAACUAAACUGGCGAAGUUUUCUGAAUGUGGUUUUACAAUUUUACAAAGUUUACCAGAUCAUUUUCCAUUAUGUUUGAUGCAGCUUGGUAUUAGAUUUUUAUUUUAUUUCUCAAUAAUUUGCGUCAUGCGUCAUUCUGAUCAAAGCGGUCGAGAAAUAUUA